UAUAAUGAUGAGGAACAGAUCAUGCAUCUGCUCAGUAGUUUUGUUGCUGAGUUUGUCUGGAAUAGCCUAUAGUGGGAAUGUAUUGGUUCUUCCUGGGGAAUACAGUCACUGGUAUAACAUGCGCAAUAUCGUUGAAGAGCUCAUGGACCGAAACCACACCGUGACCGUUCUCACACACUCUGCCUCACCUACGGUGAAAAAUGGUCCAAAGGAUCGGUUCAAAUUCAUGGUUUUCAAAAUCAGCAUGGAGCAACGGGAGGCAGAUAAUGUGUGGCAGAACUUUAUCAGUGUAUGGAUGCAGGAAGGCUCGACAACAUUUCAAAAGCUGAACCUUUUUUGGAACAUGCUGUCUAGGAUGUCUAAUUAUACAGAGGUUAUAUGUGAUGGACUGUUUGCUAACAGAGAUCUUGUGACUUUACUGAAGGAACAGCAUUUCGAUGUACUUCUGUAUGACCCCAUGAUGCCAUGUGCUGGCAUGAUGGCAGAUCUUCUUAUGAUACCUAGUGUGUUGUCUAUCCGGGCCAGUUUUGCAAGUAAUAUUGAGAGAUUCUGUGGGCAGAUGCCCGCUCCACCAUCUUAUGUACCUGCGGCUUCAGUUCAGGGGCAUCUCACUGAUCUCAUGAACUUUAAAGAGCGUUUAGAGAACAUGCUCCUGUACAUUGGACACUCAGCAAUCGUCUUAUUAAUCUACAUGUUUACCUCUGAUAAGAAUUUUUUCAAAAUGACUGACAAAGUCCUAACGCCAUGUGAGUCUUUCGGCAAAGCUGACAUCUGGUUAAUCCGUAGUUAUUGGGAUUUUGAAUAUCCACGGCCACUUCUCCCAAACUUCAAAUUUGUUGGUGGAUUACACUGCAAGCCUGCAAAGCCUCUACCAAAAGAGAUGGAGGACUAUGUCCAGAGCUCAGGAGAUGAUGGUAUUGUAGUCUUUUCACUGGGUUCCAUGAUAAAAAACCUCAGCAAAGCAAGACUGAACGAUAUUACUCCAGCGCUUGGAAAGAUUCCCCAAAAGGUUGUGUGGGGAUACACAGGUGUUAAACCUGAAACUCUUGCUCCUAAUACAAGAAUCUAUAACUGGAUUCCUCAAAAUGAUUUACUAGGACAUCCUAAAACCAAAGUCUUCAUCACCCAUGGUGGGACGAAUGGAAUAUAUGAAGCUAUUUAUCAUGGCGUUCCAGUAGUGGGCCUGCCGCUGUUUGCCGAUCAGCCUGACAACAUAAAUCACAUAAAAACCAAAGGAGCCGCUGUUAUGCUUGACAUCACAAAAAUGAAGAGCAAGGACUUGACGCAGGCUCUCAAUGACGUCAUUAACAAUCCAUCCUACAAAGAGAACAUGAUGAAGCUGUCCAGAAUCCACCACGAUCAACCGAUGAAGCCCCUAGACCAGGCUGUGUUCUGGAUCGAGUUUGUGAUGCGCAAUAAGGGGGCCAAGCACCUGAGGGUUGAAGCUCAUAACCUCAAGUGGUAUCAGUACCACUGCUUGGAUGUAGCAGCCUUUUUACUCUCCAUAACUGCACUGAUUGUGUUCAUCUUUGUGAAAACAUGUAUGUGGUUAUUCCGUAAAUGUUGCAAAAGGACCCGAACAAAGAGCAAGAGAGAGUGAAUAUAAAUCUGAAUAUGCUUUUAAUUACUAAUGUCUUAAUAAUUACUGUAUUAUAUCUACAAGUCCAUGAUUACUUUUAAUUGAUCCAAUUACUACUAAGAAAAAAGCAAUUAAACAGAUAUUUCUAUUUGUA